GUCCGUUUUUCACCUCGAUUCACCGUCACUGCCUUCCUAAGCAGGAAUUGUGUGAAGUCGCCUGUCCUCUUCCACCGUUGGCUCCUUAUACGCGCGACGUGAGAACGACAACUCUCUCCGCGCACCGACUCUUCCCAGCAAACUGGUUCUAGAGAUGUCUCUUACGGAAGCAAACAUGUCGACUCCAUGGGCUGCGCCUGACGAUAUGGCAAAAUCUCUUGCUCAACUCGACCUGGCAUCCCAAUCUACCACCAUUCAGGACGACAAGUCUCAGCCACCCACUCCAGACGGAACAGGCUUACCGGCAAAUUUCCACAGCAUCGCUCCUAAUGUAUACCGCUCCAGUUACCCGCUAUAUGCACACUUUGAGACACUUGCAGAUAUAGAGCUCAAGAGCAUUGUUACACUGGUCAAAGAGCCUCUUCCAUUCGAGUAUCAGAACUUCAUCUCGCAACAUGGCAUUGUACAUUACCAGAUCCCUAUCCUGGCCAACAAGGACGAGAAGGUCUAUACCCCCGACGAGACUGUAAACAAAGUCCUUGGCCUUAUCCUCGACCAGUCAAAUUAUCCUAUGCUUAUUCAUUGCAACAAAGGACGACACCGGACAGGUACAAUGGUGGCCUGCUUCCGGAAAGUGACUGGCUGGACUUUGGAGGAUUGCAUCGAAGAAUAUGAGAAGUACUCGAAACCGAAAGAACGGGCACUGGACAAAGCCUUUAUCGAGCGCUUCGAUGCCUCGACACUGAAACCAUUAGCCUUGGAGAGAGGUUAUGUGGGCGGCAUAUAUCGAGCACCCGCUAAGUCAUCUACAAAAUCAUCGGUCUAUACCAACAACACUGUCGACACGGCGUACACCACUGACGAGUCCGAGUGUCCACCGAAUGACUAUCAGGAGCGAGUAAAGAAGGAGAAUGGUGUCCUGAUCGAAGCUGCGAAACCAGGGUCCUACAAAUGAUAGGCGGUAUGCAGAUCGACACGAACAUGAGUUAUAUGAUGGCGACUACCCAGCACGAGCACAAGAAGGCUGGGAGUCGCGCGACGAUACGGACCAACGACUACACG